UGUGUGCAUCGCAGGUGCCUUCAUGAAUAACUUAAACGACCCUCCCAACUGGAACAUCUUGCCCAAUCGGCGCGAUCCCGGCGAUGACGGCAGCCGGUGGAAUUACGCCCUGCUGGUCCCCAUGCUGGGCCUGGCCGCCUUCCGUUGGAUCUGGACCAGAGAAUGUCAGAAAGAAAUAGAAAAAGAAAAGCAGGAGUACUACAGAAAAGAGUCAAUAUUACAGAAAGACCUGGAAGGCAAAUACCGGGAUAUAAUCACGGAGAAUCGUCGUGCUGUUGCUCAUCUGGAGGUGGAGCUGGAAAAGGAACGCAACAGGACCCUGAGUUACCGUGAAGCCCUCGUGUCCCAGAGCCGCAAACUAGUAGAAGAGAGGAAGCUCCUAGAACAGGAGCAGGAGAAGUUGGAGCAAGAAAAACAAGUCCUUAUGCACUCUGGAGCAGAAGGUACCUUGUACCAGAGAUGCCUGGCAAAGGAAGAAGAGUGGCAACAGAGAGCCAAUAUUUUACUUAAAGAAUUUGAAGAGGGACUGAAGGAAAGACAGGACAUCUACUGCAGUCUUAUUGUACCCAGAAGUCAGAGACUAGAAAUAGAGAAAAAUCUGCUAGUUAAAGCAGCAACUAAUCCUGUUGCUAUGGCUUUAGAUGUGGAGAGUGGUUUAAAAGAUAUUUUCAAACAUGAUAACUACUGUGGGAAUGUGCUGAACAGAGCCAGAAGUCAAAAUGGAAAGCUUAUGUGGCUGUAUCUGAGAUACUGGGAACUAGCUGUUGAACUGCAGAAAUUCAAGAGGGUAGAAAAGGCCAUGUUAGGAAAACGCUAGGCCGGGGAAGCAGUGGGAUUCCAUGUGAUCCACCAUGCAUGGUAGGGACAAUCACAGUUGUAGUCCGAAGCUGUUAAAUUUUUCUGCUGUGUUGCUGUCUCUCGUCCUUCUUGCACUUGUAUUUGCAUGGGACAUGUGCAGUGCUGGUGCCUUUCCUCUCACUAACAACGGAUGCUCUGGUGAGCUAUGCAUGCUCCUAAACUCUGUGAGUGUGUUUGUGUUGCAGUACAGAGAUACGCCAACUCCCCAGGUAUCAGAAGCAGCAGAACAGAACUCAUUUUAUAGGGAUUUGCCGUGCUGAUGGUCACACUCCAGCAGCAGGGAAUGGUCAUUUGUCUGCUCCAGGUGUGGCAGCACAUUGUGCUCCUUAUCCCUGACAUUUUACAUGGUGCCUCAACACUGUCUUUUCUUAUUAUUUUUUAAAAAGUUGUUUAAGCAAGACUGAUUUUGAGGCAGAUGUUUGAGAGAGAUGGUGUUGAAGUCAGCUGCUUGACACAUAAAUCCUACGUGUCCGUAUGUACAAUUAUAUAAAUAUAUAUAUGUGUGUGCGUAUGUGUUAGUAUUCUGAGAGGGGGAAUAGUUUGAUCCUGUUUCAGAUUAGUCAGUCCUGCAUUUCUUCCAGCUUAAUAUACAAAUAGUGCUUUAUAAAUUAAACAUCCAAAAGAUGCUGAUUCAAGUAACACAGAAAGAAACAGACUGAUGUCUCACUGGCACUUCUGAUCCAUUCUCAGACUCUAGUGAGUGUAUAAAUUGGAAGUUAUGUUUUCAUGUAUUGGAGAUACCUUAAGAAUACUUGGUUUUCCCUCAGUCAGGGUUUUAGUUGUACCACAACAAUGUGCCACCAUUAUGGAUGUCCCCGUGCUGCUGCUCUCCCUCUCAGGGCAUUGGCUGCCUCUUGGCCUGCUUGCAGGAACCUACUCGCCAUUGCACCUGGCUCUGCACCUUGGACAGGUCCUGUUGGACCAUUUGCAGAUGGGAACCUAAAUGCAGCCUGCACUUGUAGCCACUACUCCCUCUGCACCUGUCUCCCUUCUCUCAGAACUGAUGUACAUGCUCUUUUCUGCAGCUCUGAAAUUUUGUGCUUGUGGUUCACCACUUUACAUACACGACCAUGAAAGCCUACAGAUAUACAAGCUUUGCAAACUUUAAAGAAAGGGGGCUUUUUAAUUUAGCUAGUAAAAUAAAAUAGAUUUGGUAAAAAUAAGUACAGUGAAAUAAUACAGGAAAAUAAACAGAUCCAGAUUAAAAAAUCCAACAACAAACAACUUUUAAGAACCCAGUGCAUUUCAAUUUCUUAGAACUUUGAGUAUACUUCAGGUCCUUUUAGCAGUAAGAACCGCCUUUUUUUCAAAUGUGCCAUGUAUUUAAAAUAAUAACAAUUUUUUCUUCCCCCUUUCUAAUCCAGCCUUAGACCUCAAAGGGGCAGUGUUUACCCUUUCGUUUAUAACAUCUAGUCUUCUCUGUUACCUGACUUUGAUUAGUGCUGGUAGGUUGUCAGUUCAUUAAUUAGCAGUUUAUUAUUUACUUAGGGCUCGACUUGACAAAUGCAUUUGCUCUAAGCAAUCAUGUAGAACCGUGGAAGCAAUCCAAGCUAAGUGAAUGCCCAUCUUCCUGCAGAUGUGGGGUUUUUCUCUUACUAUUUUCUCCUGGUUUCAUUUUAGUCUGAGCACAGAAGACAGCAGAUAAAUCUUUUGAAACAAUGUGCACGACUUAAUCCAGUUACUAAACAGAAAUAUCUAACAUGGAACAUAAUUCCUGAGCAGGAUAGAUGUUUCCCAACUAUUCGUUUUUUCAGUUGAGAUUUUGCUCACUUUUGUAGUACUAAUUAUACUGUUGUAUUGACUUACUAAUCCUUUUUUCAUACAGAUUCUUUUAAUGAAGUUUUAGGAGACAAACUUGGACAAAAAAAGAGAUCACAGAAGGGCCACAUUUUAUCUGGGUGCCAAGCAUAUGCAGGUUGGGAGAUGAGAACACAAUUGAGUUGCUACUCGUGUGUGACACCCUGAGCCAAGCUGCUGCAGCUGGACAUAGGCACACAAUGUAAUUGCCCAGGAGAACAAAUUAGUUUGAAUAACUUGUGUGUAGUUACUAAAACCUGUAAUUUGAAUAACAGUCCGUGUGUAAUUCCUUCAGGAUGUGGAAAGUGGCCAUCCAGCUGUGGCACACUUCACACAUUCCUACAGGCAGCUAAGCCACUCAGCUGACUGAAAGCAGACAGUGAAUCAGUGCCAGUGUAUUUGAGAUUCCUGCCUUGAAUUUGUACAAGUUAGCAUUAAAAGGUCAAAGAUUUUAUGCUUUUUCAUUUUUUCAUAGUUUGUCACUCAUCACUCAAAAUGUUUAAAGAAAAUGUAAUCAAGAGUAAAAUACUAUUUUUUCAGUAUGGAUAUGUACAUUGAAGCCUUAUACAAUUGAAUGUUCAGGGUUGGACACAAUGUAGUAAAGGUUUGUUAGUCACUUUCUCUUUUUUAGAAGUGUCAUUUAUUUGUACAACUAAUUGAGCUAUUGUUCAUGGACUCUUUGAAGAUCGUUGUAUCAAAACAGAAGGGUUGUUUCAGAAGGCCUUUUAAAAGUUUGUAACUGAUUUAGAAGCACUGGUCCCAUUAGUUUCUACCAAAACUCAUGUUUGUGGGUAUGCAAUGUAUUUUUGAAAUAUUCACCCUUUGUAGGUUGUUAUACUGAAAAUUCUAAUGUAAGUUUUAUCUUGCCCAGCACUUGUUCUGAAUUGGUUAGUUGUUUGGAACUGCCCAUAUUCAUAUGUAGAAUGCAAGAAUAAUUUGUUUUCAAAGUAUUUAAUGAACUUAUUUUUAUUAUAAAAUUGUCACUCAGCUGUUAAACAAUAACAAUUAAUAAAAACCUUUACGUAUUUC